CUAAGUUUGAUUAAACACGUUAAAUGUAUAGCGACAUUGUGACGCAUGAUGUAGGUUUGCUUUUCUUUAUUUUCUUAGCUGAUAUACAAGCAUGAUUAAUAUCAUCGUUAAAAGUAAUAUUUAUCCUUUCAAAGUUUGAAAUGGAUAUGACUAAUGCAUACGAAGAUGUAUUUUCGGAUUACAAACGAACUGAACAACAAGAAAUGAUUAUAGCUGCUCCAUUAGACUUGUCCUUUAAAAAAGCAACCACUAUGGAUGAAUUGGCAAAUAAACGCCCGCAAGCAGUACGAACAGGUAAAAUUCCAUUACGAACGCCUACAGAUCGUUUCGUAACAUGUUCGUUCUGGUUAAGCAAUAAUUUAUUAACAUCUAUGGACGGAUUCAAAAAUCUUGUUUACAAACUUCUUGAUGAUCCUGCAUACCUUUCCUGGAUUGAUCUUUCUUUUAACGAGAUACAGAAAAUUGGAGAUGACAUUACAAAAUUUCCGAAUUUAAAAAUUAUUUAUUUACACGGAAACAAUAUAUCAAAUAUCAACGAUGUGAUGAAACUAAAAUCCUUGGAAAAUCUCAAAUCUUUAACAUUACAUGGAAAUCCUAUUGAAAAUCUGCAAUAUUAUAGAGGAUACAUCGUGCACGUUCUCCCGCAAUUGACAACACUAGAUUUUUCAGCAGUACUCUCCGCUGACAAGAAAAAAGCACCGCCUGCCGGGUUUUAUAAAAUGAUACACAACAAUACAGGAAUAUAAAACUUUAUUUUCAAGUUGCAUUUGUAUUAAAUACACGCUCUUUUAAAUAUUA